ACAAAAGAGUUAAUAAAUCAAUAAAAACAAUGCCUGAUGAUAAACCAUACAUAAAAUUGCUUGGUUCUUAUAGAAAAGUGUUAUCUGAUGCUCAAGAAAAAGAUUUAGCACAGUAUAUGAUCAAAAUGGAGUUUGUCUUUUAUGGUCUAUCAAUUAAUGAACUUCAAAGGGUGGUGUAUGACUAUGUUGUACGCAAUAAAAUAAACCAUCCAUUCAAUACUGAAAAGAAACUUGCAGGUCGAGAUUUUAUAGUUGAAUUUUUGAAAAAACAACUCUUUUUGUCUAUUCGAAAACCUAAGGCAGUAUCCAUAAAUCGAGUUUUUGGUUUAAAUAAGGCUGCUGUUCAAAGAUAUUUUGACAAUCUGGAAAAACUUAUUAACGAAAACCAAUUUGAAGCAAAUCGCAUCUACAACUGUGAUGAAUCUGGAUUAACAUGUGUUCACAAGCCUUUAAAAGUAAUAGCUCAUAAAGGCCAACGUGUUGUAUCUUCAGUAACUAGUGGUGAGAGAGGCCAAACAACAACUGUUAUACUAGCUUUUAAUUGUGUGGGACACUACAUACCUCCUAUGAUUGUUUUUAAAAAGAAACGGAUACUAGAUUCAUUGAUUGAUGAUGCACCACCAGGAACAGUUGGACGCUGUUCUAAAAAUGGUUGGGUAGAUACAAAUUUGUUUAUGGAUUUUAUAAGACACUUUGUAAUACAUAGAAAUUGUAGCACUACAAAUAAGUGUUUGUUAAUUCUUGAUGGCCACAAAUCACACACCAAAAAUUUUGAUCUUCUCAAUUAUGCUAGCAUAAAUGCAUUGCAUAUUUUAUCACUACCACCACAUAAGCUUCAACCACUUGAUCGAACUUUGUUCAAAUCUUUAAAAAGUGCUUAUAACUGAGUAUGCACGACAUGGAUGAGAAAGCACCCAGGAAGAAGAAUUACAGUUGAUAAACAUUCAGGACUAUUUUGUCAAGCUUAUGUGAAAGCAGCUAUAGUGGAAAAUGCUAUUUCUGGAUUUCGAGUAACAGGCAUCAAUCCUUUUAAUCAAGAAAUCUUUUCUGAGUCAGAUUAUUUUGAAAAUCCAUGUUUAAAAGAUAGUAAUACAAACAUAAUAUUUAAUGAAAUAGCAGAUAUAAAUCCUGAACAAUCAUCUACAAUUAAUUCUUUAAUUGGGCCAAACCAAAAUUCGAAUGUUCAAACAUCCAUUGCUAGUUUUUCAGUUAAUGAAAUAAAUGCCUUGUUGUCAAUUUCAAACUCUCAACAGCUUUCUUUUACUGAUAUAUUAUCAAUUCCAGCUAUUGAAGUGAAGACAACAAAAAGAAAGGGAGAAAAGUCCGAAAUUUUGACAAGCACAUCGUAUAAAAAAACUUUGCAGGAGGGGUUGGAAAACAAAAAAAAAAUUGAAUAUAACAAAAAAAGAAAUCAGAAAAAAAGAUUAAACUAAAAAAAGAUGAUAAAAUUAAAUAUGGAGAAAACCAAAAAAUAUCAGAGUCUAGCCAGAAAUGUGUCCAAUGCUUUAGGUGUAAAUUAUGGUACCAUGAAGUUUAUUUUGUUAAGUUAGGGACAGAGUUUUUGUGUAAACUGUGUGUGUGCCAUGAUUAUAUUUAAACAUUCUAUGAUCCAUUAAUUUAUGCCUUAUAGUUGAGUAUAACUUGUGCAACAAUUUGUUCGGGUGGUGCUUAAGUUUUAACUAUGUUUAAUAUUUAAUAUUAUCUAUGUUUAAUAUUUAAUCUCU